UCGACUCCAUAGCAUUUGGAGUCCAUAUUUAUAGGAGUUCAACAGGAUGUUGGCUGCACAACCCAAGACGGUUGGCAAGCGGGCCGAGACUGGCUGCGGUCGUGCGAACUUCGCCUUUCAGCGAUCAGCGCGUCCUUUGCAGCGUCCUUUCACACAAAUAGUGCGACAGCCGCUUACAGUUAGCCAUGCAGCGGAACGUGACAUAUCGGCGCCUCGACUCAUCCAGCACAAGAAUGAGGCCUAUUGGUUCUAUGCUGGGCUCAGUCAAGUCUACGACCAUAUCGUCAACCCAGGUCACUGGACGGAGGAUAUGCGCGAAGAUGCACUUCUCCCAGCUAAGCUGAAUGAUCCAAAGCUUAAGGUCGUCGAUGUUGGCGGUGGGACAGGCUUCACAACCCUUGGGAUCGUGAAGACCAUCCCUCCCGAGAACGUAACGCUCAUUGACCAGUCGCCUCACCAACUGGCGAAGGCAAAGGCGAAGCCAGCGCUGAAGGGAGUCACAAUCCUGGAGGGCGAUGCCGAGGACCUGCCCUUCCCCGCCGACAGCUUCGAUCGCUACGUGUCCGCCGGCAGCAUCGAGUACUGGCCGGAGCCGCAGCGCGGCAUCCGGGAGGCCUACCGCGUGGUGAAGGAGGGCGGUGUGGCGUGCGUCAUCGGGCCGGUGCACCCCACCUUCUGGCUCUCAAGGUUCUUCGCGGACGUGUGGAUGCUGUUUCCCAAGGAGGAGGAGUACAUGGAGUGGUUCACCAAGGCUGGGUUCACGGACGUGAAGAUCACGCGCAUCGGGCCGCAGUGGUACCGCGGAGUGCGGCGGCACGGGCUCAUCAUGGGCUGCAGCGUGACGGGGGUGAAACCCAAGUCCGGCGACUCCCCCCUGCAGCUAGGCCCCAAGGCGGAGGCCUCGGGUCGCCUCAACUCCAACCCGCUGUCCUUCCUGCUGCGCCUGCUGCUGGGCACUGCGGCGGGCUUCUACUACUUCGUGCUGCCCAUCUACAUGUACGUCAAGAACCUGGUGUGGCCCAAGAGUUGGCCCAUGUGAGGAGCAUGAGCCUGGGGGGCUGGGGAUGAAGGGGCGGCGGUUGGAUGUGUGUAAGAGGUUGUAGGAGGGCUGUCAGUGACCCGUGGGUCGGUGACCCACAUGGACCGUCCCUGCAGCCGGACCAUCAGGACAGGAAAGGGAGAAGAGUCGUGGUGUGGAGAGGUGUGCAUGUGACACAGCUGUCGCUGGUUGGCUUAGCAGGUUGGCGGAUGACGAUGGGGUGUGGGGAUACUGGGUUUUGGGGUUUUCGGGGUGGGAGACGUUUCGGAUAGAGGGAAUAGGUUCGAGUGAACAGAUGUCGGGGAGGUGUCUGUCGCAGGAGCGUGCAUGGUACGUGCAUCACCCAAUGCGAGUGUGUGUGUGUGCAUCACGCUGUACGGAUUUCAUCACUCGAGUGCGCGUGUCAUGAUGUGGUGUUCGGUAUUUCGCAGACUGCAUCUAAUAUGUGUGCGGCCCCACACAGGCAUGUUCGGGCCUGUAGUAUCUAUUCUGUGCAUUGCUGCGCCCAUUGGUACCCUUGGCAGGGGUGCUGAGAGAGGGACGCUCUUCUAUUGCAGCUUGUCGCCGUUGCUGUUGUUUCCAGUUGCUUGCCCCGUUAUUGCCGGUUCGUAACGACCAGUUCCUUGCACUGUCAGUGCUUGCUAGCUCUGAUGUUGCUGAGUUGAGCCACGUGUUGCCUUACUGACAGUUGCCAUGCGAGCAUGCGGGUCUACAAGCAGCCCUGGCUCGUACCUGAUGUCGGAGCGGGGUGAACCAUUUUAACGGUGUGCAUGCGCGUGCAGCUGAUCCAGAACACGUUAUUGCCCCGGGUUAGGCCCUCAAGGACCUCACGGCCAUAAGUCGCGGUGGAUGUCACCCGGGUGCCCCGCUGCCAAAACACACACGCUGCUGAGCUCGGCUGCCUACACUGCCUGCCAUCUUGGCCUUGCCAGCGGUCUCAUAGCUUGUAAUUCGGAACGAUACCA